AUGUUUAAUCGUUCAGAUAGGAUAUCGUCUCUUGGGAAUAAUGCCAAUAGCAGCAACCCCAAUCACAACACUGGAAGUGUUUUAACACCACCAAAACGAGGAAUGCACUCAUCAAUAAAUAAUAACAACUCGAACAUCAACCUCAAACAGGAAUUGCUUGAAGAACAAAAACUCGAAAUAAGAGAGGCCUUCCAAUUGUUUGACAUGAAUGGAGAUGGCUGUUUGGACUAUCAUGAAACAAAAGUUGCCUUUAAAGCAUUAGGGUUUGAAUUGUCCAAGCGUCAGGUUUUAGAUAUAAUUAGAGAAUACGACACAGAUGAGAACUACUUGAUAACAUAUGAUAACUUCUACAAAACUGUUGGAGAGAUGAUUUUGAAAAGGGAUCCUUUGGAUGAAAUACGCCGAGCUUUCAAAUUGUUUGAUAUAGACGGAACUGGAAAAAUAAGCGUGCGGAAUUUGAGGAAGAUUUCUAAGGACCUAGGAGAAAACCUAAGUGAUGAAGAGUUACAGGCUAUGAUUGACGAGUUUGAUUUAGACGAAGAUGGGGAAAUUAACGAAGAAGAGUUUAUCAGGAUUUGUACUGAAUGA